UUUCCAGCGGCCCGUCUGGACGGGGAGGGGAGCCGUCUGCCUUCCGCUUCUCGGCUGGAUUGACACACAAUGAGGAGCCGAGGCAGGGGAGACGCUCCACAAACGCCGCUGUAAAUAAAUACAACAAUCACUGAGGCCAGUGAAACAUGGAGAACCAGUGCACAGUGCAGGUGAAACUGGAGUUGGGCCACAGAGCUCAACUGAGGAAGAAAGUAACAUCAGAGGGCUUCACCCACGACUGGAUGGUGUUUGUCAGAGGGCCAGAGAACGGCGACAUCCAGCACUUUGUAGAUAAGGUUGUCUUCCGCCUGCAUGAGAGCUUCCCCAAACCCAAGAGAGUAUGCAAGGAGCCCCCAUACAAAGUGGAGGAAUCAGGCUAUGCAGGCUUCCUCAUGCUUAUUGAGGUAUACUUCAAGAACAAGGAAGAGCCAAAAAAGGUGUGUUUCAACUAUGACCUAUUCCUGAAUUUGGAGGGCAAUCCUCCUGUUAACCACCUCCGCUGUGAGAAGCUCACCUUCAACAACCCCACCAAAGAUUUCAGGAAAAAGCUGAUCAAAGCUGGAGGGGUGUUGGUGGUUCCGGAGGUGGCUGAAGCCGUAUCAAGACCCAGUCCAGACUACCCAAUCCUCCCCACCAUACCCCUCUCAGCCUUCUCAGAUCCCAAGAAAACCAAGACCUCUCAUGUGUCAAAGGAACCCAGUAAAGAAGGAGGUGGCGGCAGCAGCAAGGGACCCAAACCACACAAGAUGACCAAGGAGCACCGUGAAAGACCCCGAAAAGACUCAGAGAGCAAAGCCACGUCAAAAGGGGACAAUGACAGAGAUGGAAGUAGCAAGAGUGGACGUGAGCCUUCCUCAUCCUCAUCUUCGAAAAAGCCAUCAGACAUCAAAGUUAAAGAUGAAGUAAAAGUCCUGCCCAAGGCAGCCUUCAAGGAGCCCAAACUCACCCUGAAGGAGUCAAAGAUGGAGGGCAUGUCUCCGAAAGGAGGGGGGGCUGGGAGUGGAGGGGGUGGGGGUGGCGGGGGAGGUGUGGGAGGAGGAGGGGUUCCGGCAGAAUCCAAAGCCCCCAGCAAAAGACCCUCUACUGUGGAGUCUCCCAAACCCAGUGUGAAGAAGCAGAAAAAGGGCAGCUCUGAGGGGCCUAAAGGCCCCUCUGGUGGCCCUUUCACAGGUUCCCCCCGUGUGUCGUCGUCAUCUGCUGCCAGUCAGCCCUACACAGACAAGAAACACUCCAAGGAAAAAGGUCGCUGGGCCAAGGGCAAAAAUGACACACAGGAUUUGAAAGAGCCCAAAAAACUUCAUGAGUCUGAAGAGUCAAAUUCAGAGGAUGAAGCAUCUUCAAAGUCUGAGCAAUCAGCUCCUUCCAGUCCUUCAAACUCCAGUUCCAGCUCCGACUCCAGCUCAGACUCUGACUUUGAGCCAGGACAGAAACCAGGACAAGGUCCCCUGCGAUCCAUGGUGGAGGAAAUCCAGUCAGAGGAGUCAGACGAUGACGACAGCAGCUCGGAGGAGGGGACCCCUGUUAAAACUAAUCCCCCCAAUCGUGACGCUCGGUCAGUCUUUUCAGAGGAACUUCCCCCCCCCCCACGACUGAGCCUGGACAGCGAGAGUGACAGCAGUGACGGCUCGCACCGCCCCAGUCGAGACCCCGCCCCACCCCCACAGAAACACAGCUCCUCCAAUAAUAAAGUAUCUGGCAGAAAGAGUCCAGACUCGUCGUUCCGUUCCGAGAAGGUGUUGAAGAAGGGAUACGACAAGGUAGGAAGGGCCUACACAGAAGAAUUAGUGGACCUUCAUCGCAGACUGAUGGCUUUAAGGGAGCGUAAUGUCCUGCAGCAGAUUGUCAACCUGAUUGAGGAGACGGGCCACUUCAACGUGACCAAUACCACAUUUGACUUUGACCUCUUUUCACUGGACGAGUCCACUGUCCGCAAACUACAGAGCUACCUGGAGGCGACGGCCACGUGACAGGAAGUGGAGCCGGAGGUCGCAACAUCUCCUCGAGGAGCAGCUUGUUCAUCGGCCCGACUGAAUCACUGAACAGCAACCACACACGCGCAAGGACAAAGAAGCACACAUGAAGACGCUGCGCCUUCACGCGACACUGGCGAGGGGCAGCAGGAAACUGAUGGAGGAUGAGGAGGAAGGCGGGAAUGGGAGAGUUGAAGAUGGGGAAGAUUUUCGAUACACAUUCAUUCGUUCAUUCUUCACACUCCUGCACUUGUUAUUCCCCUCUUCGCUAACUAACUCACCUUCUUCCCAUUCACACUCCUUACCGGCCAGAUCACAUCCCAUCCCCCUACAUUUAGCUGCAUCCGGCCUUCUCAUUGGCCUUCACAGUUACUCACUUUUCUUAAUUUAGAACGCACACUCGUGUACCUCCCAGGUUCACACGCACACAUUUUACGUCACGCUGGGUGUUUGGAUGGCGUCUCUGCUUUCCCAACGUCUGAACAUGCAUUGUGUUGACUCUUUCCUUGCACUGAAAGCUGAGCUCUGACCUCCCGCCAAGCAGCCACUCUCCUCCUCCUUAUCCAAAUGCAACCCCCUGAAGCGCCCCCACACCUGCCCUCUAACUGCAUCCCUCCCAUGUCAGCGUGCACCAAAGGGCUCCACUGCUUGUCGCCGGCGCGCUCCUGAAUUACCUACUGGUGGGUUUUUAAAACUAACAAAAGUAGCCAUACUCGUCUCCCAGUAUACAAAAAUAAGGAAAAGUAGGGGCCAUGCGAUGCGUUCCCCCCCCCCCCCCCCACUUUGUAAAAUUCUUUUUUUUUUUUUUUUAACAUUUUAUUUUUCUACAAGUGCAUUUGUGUUUCUACUCCCAGAUUUGCGGUUAAAUGACCUGUGAGCUAUGAAUGUAUAUCGCUUUUAUUUUUCUACGCCCAACAGCAACAAGCCCACUCUAGUGCCUUUCUCUGCAGUGUGAGGUGGGUGUUAAACAUCCCCCCAGCUCCGCUUUGGGAGGGGGGGAACCAAGUGUUAAUCGGGCUGCCUGAUUAAUCAGUAUUGUCUUAAUGGCUUCCUUUUUCUUCCUCAGUGUCCUUGUAGGCCGUUGACCGUCAUAGCCAUUCCUUUCUUCAUCUCUGUAGAACCUGUACAAGUUUGAACUGUUCUUGCUUUCUGCCACUAGUUCAGUGUUUGAUGUGGGAGGUACGUAAUAUGAAUUAGCUGUAGUAACUGUUGAUUUGGGCUGCUGUGUAUGUGUGCGCUCUCGCAUGCUGGCGAGUAGCUUCCUUCUUCAGAAAAGAAGGCGAAAUAUCCAUCCACAGUGACCUUGGGCAAGAGGCAGGGAACAUCCUGGGCUGCUCCACAGUCAAUCGCAGGGUGAGGCGAAAUAAAUAACAGUUGAUCUCUCACAAAGCUGCUGUAGAACCACGUUACCAGUUUCUUGGUUAAAUAUGGGUGAAAUUAACGGUCGAUUAAUGUAAUUAUUUAUAGAAGUUUUAAUGUUAUCGCAGACUACCAAUGAAUGUUCUGAACUCUAAUUUCAGAAGUCAAUUUCAACAACCGGUGUUGCAUUGAGUAAUUGAAUGCUGUCCAGAGGAGUUGCCAAGAUGUGGAUGUGGACCAGCUUCACAUACUGACAUGUUCAUCGUUAGACAGUGAAGCAAUUGACAUGGAAUCAACAGCUCGUGAGUGCAUUCUUCAAGAGCUCAGUUCCUUCAAAAUAAAUCAAAUUCAAUUUCACACAGUCCACAGAAUUCUUCCAUGAACACAUACGACGUGUGUCAGAAACGUUCAAGGACUGGUGUCGUAAGUAGGGCUGUCAAAGUUAACGCGUCAACUCAUGAUUAGUCGCCCCAAAAAUAUUGCAUUAAUCAUAUAUUAACUCGGAUUAAUCGCACAAUUUAUUUUGACCAUACGCACUCCUUUACCUUAACUGCGAAUGAGUAUCUGAAAUGCGGUGCAGGUUGCUAUAAGGUCAGUGAUCAGGUCAAACGCUUACGCCAGUGCAAAGAUUAGUGCGGAGACUCCGACUGGUGUACUCAGCAGCAAAUUUUGCUUCAAAAGUCACCCCCAUGGGACUUUAGAAAAAAGCAAAGGUAAUUUGCAUGUAGUGCAGCGCUGAACUCUUUUCAUCGAAUCACAAGUUUAAAAUACAAUCUCAAAACAAAAUGUGUUGGUAUAUUUGGCACCUGUGAUUAAUCAAAAUUCAAAAGUGUGAUUAAUCUGAUUUAAAAAAUAAAUACAUCAAUUGACAGCCCUAGUCAUCAGACAUUUCAAACCCAAACUACAAAUUUAGAGUUUUCCCCUUCAAGGUGGGGCAGACCAGCACGCCUCCAAAGCGAUCCUGAGAUGUUUGCUGUGUUCAGUGCGCAAGAAGAGACGAGUGUUAGCAGGACAACAACUCUGCUCUCAAUUCCCUGAGCAUCCAACAAUUUCUGUCCGAGAAGAACAGUCACGUGCUGGAGCAACCUCCCUUCUCACUUGACCUGGCACCAGUCCUGGAGGUUUUUUGACACCGCUCGUAUGAUUCGUACCACUCCUUUUCAACAAUGGACAUUGACAAAUGAAAGAAGUGUGUUCAGGAUCACAGGGAGCCAAUCCCAGUUGAUUUGCUAGUCCGUCACAAUAGUAGUAGUGAUGACAGCAAAAUGUUUGCAUCAUUUAACUGCAGCUAUUCACGGCUGUUAGGGCCAGAGGCCUGCUGCAAAUAGCAAGUAAUUGAAGCCUCCCUGAAAAGUUUUAGAAUUGCCCAUAGAUGCCACACGAUGGCGGCAAAGCACUACGUUUCUAGUAAAUGAAGCUCUUUCCCUCCUUUCAACAUAGUUGCCUGUCAUCAAGAUGGUGCACUUUUGCAUUAUCAUGACAGCCAAUUGUUUGCGAGAAGCGACACACAGCAGCCCACCGAGAUCGAGCUCCACACCUUCACCGUGCGAGCUUCUUUUGCCGCUCUGCCUUUUGUGUAUUUAUUCUGACCUUUGCGUAGCUUUAAUGCUCGUGUGUCUGUGUGUUGUGGGAGCCGUCCCUCUGCUCACUGUAAACGCUGUUGAUUUGAAAUAGUCUCACCCGGACCUUAACUAGCGCCCCCACCACCACCCAUCCCCAACCAUCCACCCUGUGCCUCUGUCAACAAAACCGCCGACUCCCAGUUGCUUUGUGUGAGCAGACGACAACAAACCACCGAGCGUCCUCUUCUCAGUGUACGUCCUAGUUCGUGAACUCUGACCGUUUGACCUGCUUCUCUUUUAGCCCCUUGUGGUGGCAACUGGUUCAGUGAAGUGGAUUUCGACCCAAGAGAAGCCCCACAGUCAAUGUUUUAUUUAUGGACCUCUGCACUUUUGGCUGUGAUGACUUCAGUACUUAAAUAGUUACCUAAACUGUAUUUUUAAGGAUUUUAUACAAUAUUUACAUGCAAUAUUAUAUUAUUAGAUUGUUGUUGGUUUUUUUUGUUUUUGUUUAUUUAAUUGUCUUGAAUUUGGGCAUGUUUUGUCACUAUUAUUUACCAACAAACAUGCCUCUCGGAGCUAUUUUUUGGCCUAAGCUGUUUUUUCUGGGAUGUUCCCUUUAUGUUUUUGUGUAUCAUGACAGCUGAGCACCAAGAAGCAGGUGUCGCAGAUGUUUGCUGGAUGACCUCAACUUAAUCACUGUCUGCUUCCAGUCACAAUAACUGGACCAGAGCGAGGACGCCACACUUUUGUUCAGGGAGCUGUUAACCUAAAAACAAAAUGUCAAUUUUUUUAUUUUUUUUGGGGGGGGGGGGGGGGUCCUGUGCUAUGAUUGAUGUAUGGUUUCAUAGUUGGUGCACUCCCUCGGCUCAAAUGUAUCAUAGGAAAAGAGUAGGACUGAAGGAGCCGGGCAUUUGGUCUGUGUGAGAAAUUACACUUGGACAAUACAGCUGAGGUCAAUAUUGUGUUGUGUGCAUUUUUACACCACAAAGGAAUAGCAAAAACUUGACAGUCCAAAUGACGACGUGGGCAGGGGGCGCGUGUGUAUUUAUAAAGGUUCUUUUCUUCGACCGGGGUCAUACAGGGGAGGCUGUGAGGAAAUAGGGGGCAUCAUCAUCUGUAUGUGGUCAACGCAGAACAAAACAACUGGAGGGCACAUGAGCAACUCAAUUUGGUAAAAAGACAAACUUGGCAUUGGAAUGCCACCAUGUGGCCAUAUGUUGCAAGUUGUUGGCCUAGACAGAACAUUUAUUAUUAUUUUUUUUUUAAUUUUGAAAUCAUAUUAAUAAUAAAGUCAUGAAGUACUGUU